UAUCUACUGCUCCACACGAAAAUCUAAAUUCUUGUUACAAAAAGUUCACCCCUAAACAAACCUAACCAUCAAACAAAUUGUACCAUGAUCUGUAUAUAGUUUUCUGAAGGUCUACCCACCAUACAUAAUCCAAGGUGACCUGGCAAAAAGAGAGAACGUAUCAAGACAGAGAUUCAGUGACAACGGAGAGAGGUCGAGAGGGAGGAGUUGAGAAGCAAUGGCGGAGCGGGGCGGGGGAGGAAGCGGAUGCUGUCCACCGAUGGAUCUCUUCAGAUCGGAGCCUAUGCAGCUCGUUCAACUCAUUAUUCCAGUCGAGUCCGCUCACCUCGCCGUCGCUUACCUCGGGGACCUUGGCCUCAUCCAGUUCAAAGAUCUGAAUGUGGAGAAGAGCCCUUUCCAGAGAGCAUAUGCUACUCAGAUUAAGAGAUGUGGAGAGAUGGCGCGCAAGUUAUGGUUUUUUAAGGAUCAAAUGUCAAAAGCUGGCCUGUCGCUUUCUGCUAAGUCUGCCACACAGGAUUACAUAAACUUCGAUGAUCUGGAGGUGAAGCUUGGAGAUCUUGAAGCUGAACUGAUUGAGAUAAAUGCAAACAAUAAUAAGUUACAACGGUCGUACUAUGAGCUAGUGGAAUACAGGCUUGUUCUGCAAAAGGUUGGUGAAAUAUUUCACUCAGCACAGAGUAGUGCUGAAGCUCAACAAAGAGAGUAUGCAUCAAAUCAAAGUGGCGAAGAGUCUGUGGAAGCUCCACUCUUGUCGGAAUUGGAUAUGUCAAUGGAUCCAUCUAAGCAAAUUAGAUUGGGGUCUAUUGCUGGACUUGUUCCUAGAGAGAAAUUCAUGGCCUUUGAGCGGAUUCUCUUCCGAGCUACCCGGGGUAAUGUGUUGUUGAGACAACAUGAGGUGGAGGAGCCUGUCACUGAUCCUAUUUCUGGAGAAAAGGUUGAGAAAAAUGCAUUUUUAGUCUUUUUUUCAGGCGAAAGGGCAAAGAACAAAGUUCUUAAGAUAUGUGAAGCUUUUGGAGCAAAUAGGUACCCAUUUGCCGAGGAACUUGGUAAACAGGCCCAGUUGAUAGCAGAGGUAUCUGCAAAAACUUCGGAACUAAAGACUGCAAUAGAUGCUGGAAUUCUGCACCGUGGGAAUGUAUUACAAAUUAUUGGCAAACAGUUCGACACCUGGAACUUUUUGGUUCGAAGGGAAAAAUCUAUUUAUCAUACACUUAAUAUGCUUAGCACAGAUGUGACAAAGAAAGGCCUGGUCGCUGAAGGGUGGAGUCCUACUUUUGCAACUCAAGAGAUUCAGGAUGAACUGAAGAGGGCAGCACGUGACUCUAAUUCAGAAAUGGGUGCAAUUUUUCGGGUAUUGCCUACGCGAGAAUUGCCGCCUACAUAUUUCCGGACAAACAAAUUUACUUCUGCCUUUCAAGAGAUUGUUGAUGCGUAUGGGGUGGCUAGAUAUCAAGAAGCAAAUCCGGGUGUAUUCACUAUUGUCACAUUUCCAUUUCUUUUUGCAGUAAUGUUUGGUGACUGGGGCCAUGGUAUAUGCUUGUUACUUGCAACAUUGUACUUUAUAAUCCGUGAGAAAAAACUCUCUAGUCAGAAACUAGGAGACAUAACGGAAAUGACGUUUGGUGGGCGUUAUGUGAUAUUGAUGAUGGCAGUCUUCUCAAUCUACACAGGAUUUAUCUAUAACGAAUUUUUCUCUGUUCAAUUUCCAUUAUUUAGCAGCUCAGCAUAUGAAUGCCGUGAUACUUCUUGCAGUGAGGCUACUACAAUAGGCCUAAUCAAGACACGUCAUACUUACCCAUUUGGUGUGGAUCCUGCCUGGCAUGGCUCUCGAAGUGAAUUGCCAUUUUUGAACUCCUUGAAGAUGAAAUUGUCAAUCCUGCUUGGGGUGGCUCAAAUGAACCUUGGGGUUUUAUUGAGCUACUUUAAUGCCAAGUACUUCAGAAAUAGUGUAAAUAUAUGGUGUCAGUUUAUUCCUCAAGUUAUAUUCUUGAACGCACUAUUUGGAUACCUUUCUGUGCUCAUCAUUAUAAAGUGGUGCACUGGUUCCCAAGCUGAUCUAUACCAUGUGAUGAUAUACAUGUUUCUUAGCCCUACAGAUGAGCUCGGUGAAAAUCAACUUUUCGCUGGUCAAAAGUUAACUCAGCUCGUACUACUACUUUUGGCACUGGUUGCUGUUCCAUGGAUGCUUCUCCCUAAACCAUUCCUUUUGAAAUCACAACACAACAGACAUCAAGCACAGUCUUAUGCCCCAAUUCAAGAUCUAGACGAGUCCUUACUUGUAGAUGGAAGUCAUGAUUCUAGUGAUCAUGAGGAGUUUGAGUUCAGUGAAGUCUUUGUGCAUCAACUAAUACAUACCAUUGAGUUUGUGCUGGGAGCAGUCUCUAAUACUGCUUCUUAUCUUCGUCUGUGGGCCCUUAGUCUUGCACACUCUGAGCUGUCAAGUGUCUUCUACGAGAAGGUCCUCAUCCUUGCUUGGGGGUACAACAAUAUUAUCAUUCUUAUAGUUGGCAUAAUUGUGUUCAUUGCUGCGACUGUUGGUGUGCUGUUGGUGAUGGAAACACUGAGUGCAUUCCUUCAUGCGCUAAGGCUUCACUGGGUGGAGUUCCAGAACAAGUUUUAUGAGGGAGACGGAUACAAGUUCACUCCUUUCGCUUUCGCUUUGCUUAGCGAGGAAGAGGAUUAAAUCAGUGUUGAUGUUCAUGGUCUCUUGUUCUUUUGCUUCUUUCACCAUCAUCAUCAGCAGCUAAGGUGGAGGGGUUCCUGUCUCUUUUUCUUCUUUUUUUUGUUGGGAUUUGGAGAUGAAUGAUAUUUUUACUGCGUGACCUUCCAUCCCUCAACGUUGUGUAAUAAUAAUAGUAACAUUAUUAAUUACUAAUAAUAAGCAUCUUGUCUGUAUUCUGGCAGUUGCUGAUACCUCACCUAUUAGGGAUUAGUCUGUGUUGUAUAUUACUCGUCCUGUACUCCUGUUUAAUAAAGAGGAUUAUGCUCAAGGGUCAAAAGGGACAUGUGUCCGUCCGAAUGGUUCAGUUUACACUCCGCACACUAAAGUACUAAACUAUAAAAAGUUUCGAUCACAUUCG